AUGUUCGUUAACUUCACAGGCCUUCCAGAAUUACGGCAUCUUCCUUGCCGCGCAACAAUGGAGCUGAAGAAGACUUUUCCUUUAAAUGUAGUUCUUGUGAUGAAUUUGGAACAAAACAACCCUCGGUGUGCACAGUCUGUUGUACGAAGACUGCACGAAAGCUGGACACCACAUCACUUUGUUUGGUAAGAGGUUAAUUAUUUUCGUAUUUUUUACGUACGCGUAUUUUCUGGUGAAUUUUACCGGUCUGUCUUCCCUGCUAGCAGUGGUGUCUCUCUCCUCGUCGUGAUGGUCUGAGAUCUCUGCUGGCAGGGAAGAAUCCCGCCUGCCGAAUACCAGGAAAAAAGAGGCCACAGUGCUUCGAAGCUUGGAACGCUAAGAGAAAACAGAAUGUAGCGAAGGGAAAUUCCAUUUUAUUUUGUAAUGACGUUGUUUUGGUUCAUACGCAGUUGUUGUAUUCACUUAAUUUUUCUCGGAUCGGUGAGAUCUACUUUGAUAGCACAGACUUUGAUGGUUUUUGUCCGGUUUUCGUCCUGCAAGCGAAUGUAAAGUUUCGAUCUGGGGAGCCAAGCGAUCCGUGUCUGAAAGGGCAGAAAUCUUAAGUUUCGAGCGACCUAGUAGCUAUGUGAUACCGAUCGACAGAGUGUGGAUAAAAUUUCCAAACCAAAACAAUCAGCAGGCAACAAAAUUCUGAAUUCAUUAACAAACUCAUGUGACUAAAUAAUGCUUACGUCACGCGUGGCUUAUGGGCUCACGAAAGUUCUGUACUUUUAUUGGUUAAUGGCAAAUUUCAAUAACAAAAGCAAUGUAUAAUAAUUAAAGGGACACAGGCAGCCAUGGGACCGCGCUGGCCUGGACACUACUUUUCCAGUUUGAAAAGCAUUUAUCUCAAUCCUAAAUCAAAUCUACGCAUCCGAUACAUCUAGAAAUCCACGGCAAUCCUACCUAGUGUUUCAUUGGAUCCUCAAUCUUUUACUGAAAAUCUCUUUUUGAGCAAACUUUUACUCAUGCUAUUACAAUAUUUUAUCAUAUUUGGUUAAAAACAGUAUUUAAAGGAAUGUGAACAGAAGCGGUGAGAAACGCGUAGGCUCCGGGCAGGAGAAAUCGCCUUCAUUUACCAAAACAACAAGAGAAAUGAUCAUUAACAUUGAUGAGCAAAUAAUCGUUAUAUUUCUUUGCAAAAUGGAUGGAAUAGGUUACAUAUAUUUGGAAAAUCAAGCGUUCUCAACCGUGAACCUUCCACACAGUACAAUCACUCAGACUUCGUGCAAUUUCUCACCUCUACUGAUGUUAGAAUUCGGAAGUAUUUGUUGAUGUUUGGCUUCCCUGGAAAAAUCCAUCGGUGAAUUCUCAAUGGUAUAUAAAAAAUGAGUGCUCUGAUGUGGCUUAGGGCCCAUAAUCACGAUUUCGGCUUGUAACUAGUUCAACUCUACAAGGUUUGUUUAGAGUAUUCCGGAUACGCUUUUGUUUCACGUGUGUCUUGUGACAUAGAAAUCAGCUAAGAAGUGGUAUUUAAUGUGCAUGUGCAUCAGCUGACUGUGUCCCUUUAAUAAACAUCUAAUUGAUUCUUGACCCCCUCUCAACAUUGACAGCAAGGACCUAAAAACAGCUGUCUCAUCAUUAGUUCAGGCCUGUCAAAAAAUACCCUUAAUUAGCUUAUACUGGAAUGUUAUGCCAUAAAAGGAUCUUUGCUGUUUGCAGUUAGUACAAUUGCUUUACAUGUAUGUUGACUUGGGUCACAUUCUUGAGUGGGGCUUCAAUUUGGCCUCCAAGAAAAUUACUCUCUUAUUUGAAAAGUUACCAUACAGUAUAUGCCUCAGUGAAAGACAUUUGAGCAAUGUAUGACAAAUGUAGUGGCUCCUUCUGAUUUCACAUGAAUUUUUCUGACUGGAUUUGCUAAAACAUGGCUACAGAAAUUUCCCUCAUAUACCUUUACUGAGUCUUGUUGUGGCGCAGUUCUUUUUGUUAUUUUUUACCAAAUAUUUACUGAGUACGCUGCAGUAGAGAGACUGUCAUGAGUUUCUUACUGGAUGUUAACGUCACCACCCCCCCCCCCCCCCCAAAAAAAAACAAGGUGCUUAUAAAUUUCCCAUUAAAUUUUUUUUUCUUCAUUUUAUUGUUUCUCGUGGUUAUUACGGUCACUAAGUGUGGGUGUGCUGUUUUGAGGUGUUUGUUUGUUUGUGAUUGUGUGUUGCGUUCUACUGAUUAUUUUUCGUACUGGGUUUUUGAAAAACUGGCCAAAUAAAUUUCUCGUGUAUUCCUUUUCUGGGUUUUUGUUUUGCGACGUUUUUUUUUUUUUUUUUUACCAAAUAUUUUUUUAGUACGCGUCAGUAGAGAAACUGUCAUAAGUUUCUUACUGGAUGUUAACGUCCCCCCCCCCCCCCCCCCCAAAAAAAAAAACAUGGUUUUCAUAAUUUCCCAUAAAACUUUCUGUAUAUCAGUUUGAAAUCAGCGGGCGUAUUUGACUGAACUCAUAGUGGUGGGUUGUCAUAGAGCUUUCAGCUGCCUUGAGCAAAGUUUUUCCCAAAGGCAUCAUUAAGCCUUAUAAAGGAACAGCACAGGUCUCUCAGUUGGCAAAGUCUGCUGCAUCCAAUGUCUUAUCACAUUUCAUCUCAUUUGGCUAGUACAUGGGUGAAAUGCUGUCCUGGGCUUGAGACAGAAAGAUUGGAUCUUGCGAACUUUGUUGUUGGCAGUAAAAAGUCUUUAACCUCCCAAAGUAGGUUCUAGGGGUAAAAUCUACUGUCAGUGAGAUGGAAAUUGAUGCUGAUUUCUGACCAGCCAAAGAAUUAGUUAAAAAUUGUUUGGAAGGCGGGGCUCCAUGUCUCCUUUCAUUCCUAAACCUGGCAUGGUAUAUUUUCAACUGCUGGUUUACAUUCGGGAUUGUGAAUUAAAAUAGACUGUGUGAGUGAGUUGAGAAAAGUUUCAAUGCAACGAUUUAUGUUGAGAAAGCUAGACUUUUUGGGAGUAAUUUGACAAUGUUUCACCUGUGUUAAAUGUGGAAAUAUUAUGAAUGGUUGUUGGAAGUCUUGUGAGAUUUAGCGAAAGCGUUGACAGACUAAACUCAGGUAUGUGGUUGAACUCCUGUUACCAGAAUCCUUUGUGCCAAGCAUAAAAACACUUCAUGAGUGUUUAGUUUAGGUGAUUUUGUCUUAGAAGCCCUAGCUAUUCUGUGCUCAAAGAUUGGAUUCUUAAUCUGUUUUCAGCAGACGCUUAGCCAUGGGCCUCAUGGUUUGACUGACUAAAAGGUUAUAAUUUCUGGAUGUUUGAAAUGUUGUUUAUGUCAUCGCAAAAUCCUGUUACUUAUGGGAGAGCAAUUAGCUAUCUGUUACCAGCAAUAAAGUUGUCUGAUUGUUAAAUCCGCUAGUGACUUUUAACUGCUUUCCAUUCGACUUAGAUGACAAGUUGUUAAAAUGCACUGGAAAUUUCUUUAGCCAUGUUUUAACAAAUUCAGAAAGAUAUAUAAAACAUGAAACAUCAUUAUUCUAGAUACGGGCAGCAAUUUAUUAACCAAUGCCACAUUCUGAUAAUUAAUUAUAACUUACCUGAGCCUGCUGUACAAAUAUUAUUGGAGUGCUUAGUUAUUAUUAAAACGAUAAAACAUUUUUCUCUCCUCUAUUUUAGCUUGCUCUUCUAA